CCUCACCUCAUCUGCUACUCUCGCUUGUGCCUCAUGCGAACCCACACUGGAUCAUACCGUAUCGCGACUACCGGGAUAGACUUUGGCCCUCUUCAUGUUACCCUGUCACCAAUCUGCAUCCUUCUCGUCGUAGGGCUGGAUCACCAGUCGCUUGCGCUGGCGAUGAAACCGGGAAUCGCCAGACGCUCGUCGUGCUCCAGCGUCGGGGCCUGCGGUCAGGCGCACCUCCAGACGAAACACGUGCGCUCGGAACAUGUUGCAGCAUUUCGAAGAUUCAUCGCGCACAGGGAGACAUGGACGCCCGCUUGAGGGAGGUCGACACUGUUCGCAGCCACACGCUUCGAGGGCAGCAGCAGCCCUCACGCCAGCA